GUGGCUUGGACGCUCGACUUUGAGGAGCUGGAAGUUGGGCCUUCUGGAUCCACGGCUGACAGGGCAGCUGUGCAUGCACAGUCCCGCUCAGCGCUCGUAGCUGCGAGGACACAGCGAGUGCAGCUGCAGCGGUCAUGGCUGCUGGCUUCCUAAUUACAAGAUUAUUGCUGGUCUGUUUGUUGAGUGAGGUGAACUACUCCUCAGCUUUUCCAAGAGCCAGGAGUUUUGUGCAACCUAGAUUGUGGCAAAGUGAAGGAGAGGAGGAAGAAGUCUAUAACUAUGAGAACUGUCAUCCUUUCUACUACAUCAGUGCCCAGGGCAAAACAUCGGAAAAGCAGGGAGGUUUUAUGGCGGCCCCUAUCCAUAUCUGUAAACAAAACCAUCCCAUUGUGUACCAAAAAGCCUCAAACCUCAAGCCAGCAAACCCCUUCCAGCCACGAUCUAAUGUUGCCACCAAAUGGCCACAGGAAACUAUUCUACCACAGCCUCCAUCACAGAAGAUGUAUCUAUCACCCAAACCCAAAAGCUAUGAAUUCAGUCUGAAGAUUCCCUUUCUUGAUUUCCUGAUAAGAAAUGAUGGAAAGAAUUCUCCCAAUAAAAAACAUGAAGGUGGAAAUGAUGCACCUGCUGUCUCCAAACCAGGCUUUCAGGUCAGCUCAUCUGUUUCCUCUUCAUCUGUUUCUCAAUCUGUCAACACCCCAACCACCAGCCAUGUUGUUCAUUUGGCAAGUGAACACAAUCCAGAGAGUCCUGAUUCUGUAAAACCAGAAAAACCAAUUUCAGCCAUGAUUGGAUCAAGGCAACCCUUCUUAAACUCUGCUGGUACUGGCAAUACAGAAACACAGGAGCAGCCAUAUCCCAUCAAACCACAAUCAAGUUCAACUUUAUUUGGAUCAGGAAGACCAUUUGUAAGUUUUGCAACACCCCAGCAAGAGCCUCAUGAGCCAGUUCAUGUUCAGCCAAGUUCAUCUCUGGCUGGGUCAGCAAGGCCUUUCCUAAACUUUGGGACAACACACCAGCAGACUUAUAAGCCUGUUCAUGUUAAACCACCAAGUUCAACCCUGACUGAAUUAGAACGGCCUUUCCUAAACUUUGGAACAACACGACAGCACAGUUAUGAGCCCUAUCCAGUUAAACCACAAUCAAACUCAGCAAUAACUGGAUUAAGGCAACCCUUCUUAAGCUCCGCUGGUACAGAAGCACAGGAGAAGCCUUAUGAGCCAUAUCCCAUCAAACUACACUCAAGUUCAACCCUGGCUGAACCAGCAAGGCCUUUACGUUUUGCAUUGCCACAGCAAAACAUUCAUGAGCCAGUUCGUGUUAAACCAACAAGUUCAAACCAGAUUGGAACAGAACGGCCUUUUGUAAGCUUUGGAACAACACAACAGACUCGUAAACAAUAUCCCAUUAAACCCCAAUCAAGUUCAAACCUCGUUGCAUCAGCAAGGCCUUUCCUAAGUUUUGCAGCACCACAGCAAGAGACCUAUGAUCUAUUUCACAUUAAACCACAAAGUUCAACCCCAGCUGGAUCAGAGCGACCUUACUUUGGAACAACACAACAGCAAACUUAUGAGCCAUAUCCAAUUAAACCACAAUUUAGUUCAGCCAUGGCUGCAUCUGCAAAGCCUUUCCUGACCUUUGCAGCACCACAGCAGCAAGCUUAUGAGCCAUUUCAUAUUAAACCACAAUCAAGCUCAGUUCGGUUAACCUCAGACUGGCCUGCCUUAAACUCUGCAGCUGCACGUCAGAAUUAUGAGCCGGUUCAUGCCAAAAUACAAUCCUUUGACACUUGGCCAUAUUUUCGGGACAGGCCAACGAUGUCUUCAAGCCAAAUGAGAGUCCAAAGACAGGACUCUGCCAGAAACAAACUCGACAGGAAAACAACAGCAGGCAAGCCACCGGCCCUUCCAAUGUUAUCACCAGUGACAACCAGGAUACCAACCCAAACGAUCUGGAACCAUUUGCAUCCCCACCUCACCUCUGUUCAUCCAACCUAACAAGACCUUGAUGACAGCCUUGUCAGUUCAGUUGGAAACAAACAUUACCUGAUGUUUAGGAGAAGAAGAAAAUUACAGUCCCCAAAUCUAAGCUCAAGAAAGAUAACUCUUCACUUCCAUGGAGUGGCUUUUGCUGUCUUUAACAUUGUCUAAAGGGAAUCGUGUGUGAUAAUCAUAGUGGGGGUGAGUGGAAUCAGGUGGGGCCUCCUUGGGAGCUCAGGUCUUUCCCACUGCCACUGCAAACUUUGCACACUGCCUCCAUGAACCGGGAUCCCCAAGCAGUUGCCUGGUGGCAUGCCUUCUGUAGCUCACAACUGAAACGAUGGCUAAGACUAAUGUUGUUAAAUGUUUCACCUGCUGGUAAACAUAAUCAUUUUCUGUCUUCAAAUUUAAAUCUCUGAAGUAAAUCUUUUGGCUAAACUAUUAGUGGAAAGCAUUGGUCUUGUAUUUGGAAUAUUACCACAGUAAUCUGUUCAAAAUGUGCUGAGGCUCAGUGACGUCAGCACAGUCAAAUGAACAAACGAGUGUUCAACAUAUUCGGCUGAUAAGGUCUGGCUGAACGAAAACUUGGAGAAUUAUGGAGGGUCCUGCAAGGAUGCCGCACUGUGGCAAACCCCCACUGCUGUGGCUUGAAUUGGCUUCUUAACAGAUGAGCUGAAGGAGGUCGGCAUUUGCACUGAUUUAAAUUUUUACUCUUAAAUAGCUUACUUUUUCCCUUCUAAUUGCAAGUUGGUAACUUUGCAUUUUUUGAAACAAAUAAUCUGCUCGUACACAGUAUUUUAUCAGAGCGGGGAAUAGUGUUGAGGUACCCAUUUUGUCAGCUGCAGUGAGAACAGUUCAGGGUCUUUGUCAAAUCUCAGACUGCACGUUUCUGAGGAGUCUAUCGUAUUCAACAAUGAGGAGAACUCACUGGAGUAGUGGAAGGAGCAAGUACAUCGAGAGGAAGAGGAGGAAACGAAGGACUCCCGAGCAGCUCUUGAAGUAAGGUUACUGCUGCUUAGUGUGCUGGAAAAUCACCACCCACUCACACUCAUUUUAAUUGCCCUUUUAAAAUUGGCUGACUGUAGAUUAUUAGAGGACUUUACUUUUUUCACUGGGUUCAAGAAUUGAGGACAUGAAUAUGACAUAUUUACAUCUAUGUCACCAGACCAUAUUUUUCCAUUGAAAAUAACUAGUCUGAGUACUUGUACAGUUUGCCAGUGUAAAGGACACAUCGGGCAUGAAUGAGAGGGAAACAGGUGUAACAAUGAAGCUGCAAGGAGCAGGGGGUGGAUGAGUUUAAAUACCUGGGGUCCAACGUCCAAAACAACAGACUGAGUGGAGAGGGGAAGAGAGCGCAGGCAGGGAAGCAUGGGUGAAGAUGAGUGCCAGGGGUGUUUUGUGAUGGACUGAGAGCAGCAAGAGUAAAAGGAAAGGUUUAUAAGAUGACAGUGGCUCUGAGAAGUUAGGAUUAGAAAUGAGUCCUCAGAGGGACAGCUUGGAGUCAGAGAGGUCAGAAAUGGUUUGCACAUGUGCGGUCGAGGGAGAGUGAAUAUACUAGACAUGUAUACUAUCCAGACGUGGUGAAGGAGGACGUGCAUGUUGGCGUUACAGAGGAGGGUGCUGGGAUAGGAUGAGACUGAGGAAGAUGAUCCACUGUGCCCCCCCUAAAACAAGCAGAUGAGGGAAAAGUUUGUUGCUGCAGUAUCACGUUUGAAAUUCAUUACAGUUGUGGGUUUUCCUCAGUAGAAUCAGUGUAACUAUUUCCUGAUGAGAUCAUCGUUACAGGAGGCAGUGGUUUUGUUCCCUCAGUAAGGAAUCAAAUGAUAAAACAAAAAUGAUCAACUAUACAUCAAAAUGUCAAUCAGGGCAAUCAGCAGAAUAAAAAACAUCUUGUGAAAGAGUCACGUUUAUCUGUCCAGUUUACCUUGGUGCAGUCUAUGCCAGGGGUGUCAAACAUAAGUCCUGGGGCCCAAAAUUACCCCGGCAAAAACUCCAAUAUGGCCAUAGUUUCACAGCGUUUCCUAUUGAUAUAUAUAUAUACGUCACCAUUACCAUUGACACAACACCUAAUAACAGAAUUGAACAAAGUUGCUUUUUUUUCCACUAUCGAUCACAUAAAUGUCAUAAUUUUUGUUUUUAUUUGGAAAACAAAAGCAGACUU